AUGUAUAUUCUGCUAUUUUUUUCUUAAUAAACAUCUCUAAGAAAAAGUGUUAAUUUUAAAUUAUUUUAAUUAUAAAAAUAAAUAAUAAAUUUUUAAUAAAAUUUUAUUAAAAAAUAAAUUAAAAAAACAAUAUUUUAAUUAAUGUUUACAUAAUUUAAUUCCUUAUGGAAAAUAUUUAUACGUCCUACCCGAUAAGAAUACAAUAUAUAAGAUUUAGGCAUGCCAACCUAAAUAAUAGGAAAUUACAUAAGUAAAAGAACAGAUAUAUAAAUAAAAAACAAGAAAGGACUAAAAAUCCAAGCUUCAUUAUAUGAGCCGAUCUCUAUAAAUGAAAAACAAAACCUAAAAUAUUCAUGUAUAAUAUACACUCAUUGUAAUACAGGAUCUCGUAUAGAAUCAUUAGAUCUACUUCCAUAUUUAAUUGAAUAAGGAUUGGCUUUAUUUUCGUUUGAUUUUACAGGAUGUGGCUAAUCAGAAGGCGAAUACGUAACAUUGGGAAUAAACGAGAGUGAAGAUUUGGAAUGUAUAAUAUAUUAUUUGAAAAAAAACGAGAAAAUAUAAAAUAUAAUUUUAUGGGGAAGAAGUAUGGGCGCAGUUACAAACUUUAUUUAUUUGUCAAAAAAUAAUUCUUUUAAGAAAUUUAUUAAAUGUUUAAUUUUCGAUAGUGGAUUUGCAAAUUUAAAUUAACUAGUACUUGAUCUUGCUAAACAAAAGACUAAAAUUCCUUCUUUUUUAAUUGAUACAGCCCUUUCAUUUGUCAAAAAUUAAAUUAAAUAGAAGUCUAACCUUGAUUUUAAUUCUUUAGAUUUAACUAAAAUUAUACAUGAUAUAUAUAUCCCUUGCUAUUUUAUUUGUUCUAAAGAGGAUACUUUUGUCAAAUCUUUACAUAUAGAGGAAUUACAUGCAAGAUAUAAUGGAUAAAAAUGGCUUUUAUAUGCAGAAGGUAAUCAUAAUGCCAAAAGGAAUCCUUAAAUUUUUAAAAAGUUAAUUUAUUGGAUUUCCAGUAUUUUAGGUGAUGUAAAGAAGGAAAAAAGUAUUUCUAUUUAUGAAUAAGCAUCAUUUAAUGAUGAUUAAAAUAUAAGCAAAUAAUUUUGGAAUAAAAACUAUAAUAGUUUUAGUAUAAAAGAAAGUAGUAUUAAUGUUGAAAGUUUUUAAAAAAAUUUUCAAUUAAAAAAUAAAAUAUAAGAAAAUGAAAAUUAUUAAGAAAACAAGGAUUAAAAUUAUAAUCGAUUAUAAAGAAUAUUGACUUAAGAUUUUAAUAAAAACAAAAGAUUUGAAAAUUAAAGUUAACACACUUUUUAAAAUUGUAAUAAUUUUUAAGAUAAAAUAGAAAAUAUUAAUAAUUAUUUAAUUGAUAAAAAAAAAAUAUUUAAAAAUAAUUAAAAUAAAAAUUUUAAUGAAAAAAAAGGAAUUAAUAAAUCUUAAAAUAAUAAUUAUAAUUUUUCGAAUAUUUUGUAUAAUAGCAAUUAAGAAUAUUUUGGACAAAUUGAUAAUAACAAUUAUUCUAGAGUAUAAAGAUAAUUUCAUAUUUGA